UUUUUUUUUUUUGCAAUGUGCAAAUUAUUUUCUCCCUUAGUGACUUUGCAAUGAGAGAGAAGCAAAUCUACAUCAUCAACAGCAAUAAAAAGGGAUGCAGAUUCUUUUUUUUUUUCAACGUUUGCAUCUGAAUAAAAACAAACCCUUAAAACUCCAAACAGAUUGAGGUGAUUCCCAUCUCAGGAAGGAGAGGAGGACCAUCAGGAACAAUGUAUCUGCAUCUACAGACCUGGGCUGAAACAUUGCAGCAGCAAAUAUAACGAACAACCAACUGCUGCUGCAGUUCUGUCUUUAUUUAUUUAUUUAUUUAUUUAUUUAUUUAUUUAAUUUUGAAGUCUUUUCUGUGUAUUUAUUUUUUAUUUUAUUUGUGCUGGUAGAGGAUGUCUGGCCGUCUUAUGGUAUUGGCAGAAAGGGUCUGUGACUUGCACGGAUUUCCUUGAGGAGAAAUCUUGGACAAUUUUGGUUUAUUUAUUUGUUUGUUAUUUAUUGCCUUUUGUGUGGUUUUUUUCUAUUUUUUUUUGGUCCAAAGGCAGUUGGAUUACUGGAACUAAAGGACUGUUGGAAAUGUUGGGUCUUCAGGAAGACACAUUGUGUGGAUUUGUUUCUGCUUUGGCAGCUUUGUGUUGUGUCUGCUGUGCUAGUCAAAGCUCCUCCAAUGGGAACAUAUCUGUGGUGAAAAACACGGUGGACAAGCUGCUGGAGGGAUAUGACAUCCGCCUGCGACCAGAUUUUGGAAGUGCUCCUGUUACUGUGGGAAUGAGCAUUAACAUCGCCAGCAUCGAUGCGAUAUCGGAAGUUAACAUGGAUUACACGAUUACAAUGUAUUUCCAACAGAGCUGGAGAGACAAGCGCUUAGCAUACACGGCACUGUCCCUCAACCUCACCCUGGACAACCGCGUGGCUGAUCAGCUGUGGCUCCCGGACACCUACUUUCUAAACGACAAGAAAUCCUUCCUCCACGGAGUGACAGUGAAGAACCGCAUGAUCCGGCUCCACCCGGAUGGAACGGUCCUGUAUGGUCUCAGAAUAACUACAACAGCUGCCUGCAUGAUGGAUCUGCGGAGAUACCCCCUGGAUCAGCAGAACUGCACCCUUGAAAUAGAGAGCUACGGCUACACCACAGACGACAUUGUGUUCUUCUGGCAAGGGGGGAACAACGCUGUGACCGGGGUGGACCGUCUGGAGCUGCCUCAGUUCUCAAUCAUGGAGCUGAGGCUGGUCUCCAAGGAAGUGGUGUUUGCCACAGGUUCCUAUCCAAGGUUGUCUCUUAGUUUCAGGAUAAAGAGAAAUAUCGGUUACUUCAUUCUGCAGACAUAUAUGCCUUCUAUCCUUAUUACUAUCCUGUCCUGGGUUUCCUUUUGGAUAAACUACGAUGCUUCUGCUGCGCGAGUGGCCCUGGGUGUUACCACGGUGCUCACCAUGACAACCAUCAACACCCACCUGCGGGAGACUCUCCCGAAGAUCCCCUACGUGAAAGCUAUCGACGUCUACCUCAUGGGCUGCUUCGUGUUCGUGUUCCUGGCCCUGCUCGAAUACGCCUUUGUCAACUACGUUUUCUUUGGCCGGGGACCCCAGCAGCAGAAGAAACUAAACGAGAAGCUGAAUAAGGCAAACAACGAGCGGCCUCGUUAUGAGGAGAAGCGCCUGCGAGAGCAGGAAUCCAUUUCAGCGCAGUAUCAAACCAACACCAUCAGGUCAUAUUCACAGCGAAGGAAUCUGUAUCUCGAAGAACAAAGAAAAGUUGGGGUUGACCCUUACGGAAACAUUCUUCUUACUACCCUGGAAAUUAACAAUGAGGCGCUGCCCUCCGAAGUGGCCAGCAGUGUGAGUGACUCCAGGAAUUCGGUCAUGUCCGUGGACAGCUCCGGGGUCCAGUUCAGGAAGCAGCUGGCCGCUCGGGAUGGAUUUGGACAGGCCACUCUCGAUCGCAGCGCUGCCCGCACUCGUGCCAACUGCCGUCUGCGAAGGCGCUCGUCCAAGCUGAAGUUAAAAAUACCCGACCUGGCUGACGUCAGCACCAUUGACAAGUGGUCGAGAAUCAUAUUUCCUAUAAUGUUUGGAUUUUUCAAUUUAGUCUAUUGGUUAUACUAUGUGAAUUGAUGUGCCUCUCCCAGGAGGCUUGGGCCAUACUUUGAGAGCAAAAUCUGGCUUUUGAGACUACUGAACAUAUUUAAGAAAAAAAACAACAAAAUGUAAAAGACCUCACCGAUGUAAAAAAAACAAAACAAAAUAAAAAAAAGAAUGACUUUAAUGUUUAAAAGAAUUCUCAAAAAAAAAAAAAAAAGAAAGAAAA